GUCCGAAGAGUCGCAACUCGUGAGCGCGCGUUCGCUUCUGUGUAAAUAGACAAGCAUUUGUACAUCAUAUUUUUGGAAUAAAUAUUCAUUCUUCAGUAGAAAUGUCAUUCGGGGUUUUUCGUGCGUUGUUUAUUUUUCUCUCAUCUUUUCUUGCUCCUGUUUUCUUCUUAUGCUUUUCUCUCUCAUCCUUGCUUUCCUGUCACGAAAUUAUAUGAAUCAGAGGGGGAAGAAGGGUUAGGUUUUCAGAUAUCAAAAAAUCCAGUAAAGAGCCCAUGUCCAUGGAAGUGGCUUCGAACACCGCUCCACCUCAGUUGGCCCCUCUUAUUGCUGCGCAGCUUAAUUAUCUCCUCAUUCACUCUCCUCUCACUCUAAAGGUUGAUCAGGUAUGGUCUGGCUGCAAACAGCCUAUUUUCUCAGACCGAUUUACUUUACUUGUACCAUACUGCCUAGAUUACACAAGAUGGGAUAUUAUAUACAAUGCGGUAUACCCUUUGGCUCCUCCGGAUGUCAUUUUUGCACCAGAAGAUGAAAACUUUCACCCCCUUUCAUAUGUCACAGAAGGACAAAGUGAUAACAAUACAACCAUAAGUAGUUUGUUGGAUUGGAAUAUCAAAGAUCCUUCGAGGUUGUUAUCACUUGUUCAUGGACUCAGGGAUUUGUAUGUGGCUUAUCAAAGGAAGCGUGUUGGAGAAAUCGAUGAUGCAAGAUUGAAGUUUGAACUCAGUACCCUUAUUUCCAGGGAGGGUAUUGAAGUGUGUCUAAUUUCAGAAUCUGAUAAGCCUGAAGAGGUGAAGUUUGCUGUCCCUUUAUUGGACAUGGACUUGAAUAAACUGGUGCACGGGUGCACUUGGAAACACCAACAAAAGAUUUACGUACAGGUUGUAUUUCUAGUUAGCAAAAAAUAUUCUUCUGUUCCGUCUGCUCCUCAUAUCAAACUAGUCGCUUCUUCAGAACUGAAGUCAUUAUUCUCCAUUGAGGAUAUCAAGCUUCCUGUCUGGCUAGAUGGAAUGUGCAUGGCUGAAUACCUCCCUAUGCUGGAAGAAAAUCUCAAAUUGCAGAUAAUGGAGGCUGUUGCAUCACUUAAUGCAAGAAGACGCUUUAUUGAAGCUUUAGCUCUUCUAUUUGGCAGGCCAUUGGAAGCUGAUCCAAUAUUUUGCAGGAGAGUGACCAUGCUUGCCUCAUCUGGGGUAUUUACAUUUCUGGUACACUUUUACCUUUCGACCCAAUUCCCUAAGCAACAACCAGUGUUGAUAUUGCAAAGUUCUCAGCAUUUUGAUUCCAUGGGUAUACCAAUUAAGUCCCCUCCUAUUUCUGAUUGUCCCUGGAGCCCAAGAUGGGAUGCAUCACAAAUGGUUGAACGGAUAUUCGAGUUCAUGGUGGAAGAGAGUGCAAACUUUAAGAAAUACUGUAGCGAGAGCAUUCUUUCACAGCACUAAUGUUCUUUCGUUUGUGAAAUGUGCACCAUCUCUGGUAGUGACAUAGUCGGGGCCUUGUCCUUUCUGUUGUGUUUCAUCUUCCCCAUGGGCUGGAAGGGUGGUCGGUGAACAGAACUUUUAAUGCUGUUAACUGUGCAGGUAAACGGGCACCUCGAUUGAUGAUUAGUUUGCUGAUAGUUGCAGCACAAUGUCAGUCAACUUACCCGAUAAGAAAGAAGGCAAUUUAAAAGCUAACCUUUUUUUUUUCUAAGUAUAUUCACAUAAAUACGCACAUGUUUUGGUCAUUGUCAUUGGAAGGUGGUUGAGUGAUUAUUUUUCUGCCCAUGGCAACAACAAAGACUUUUCUAGGACAUCAAUGAAUGUUUGUGGACAAACCAGGUUGAAUAUGUUAUUCUCAAACCGUAAUUCACAUAAAUAUGGACAUGUUUCGGUCAUCGUCAUUGGAAGGUGGUUGAGUGAUUAUUUUUUCGCC